AUGGAAUUGAGUAAUCGACCGAGGAAGGCAUGCGAUCUAUGCUACACGCGCAGGAUCAAGUGCGACGGACAGAAACCUCGCUGCUCGAACUGCAUCAACUACGCUACAGAUUGCACGCAUACGGCGCUGAGCCGGAAGUCGAAGCCCAGAGCACAACGUAGGAGCGAGCUCAAGAAGGCGGACGAAGUCAAGAGCCUGCAAGCAGAAAUACAGCGCUUAGAGACUCAACUUGCCCAGAAUCGAGACCAUGAUCAGGCGUCACAUGCAACACAAGAGCCGGUGAGGACGACAAUAGCAGCGCACGUCGCAGAUCAACACAUUGACGAGGACGGCGACCAUACAAUCAGCUCAAUGAAACUACCUCCACUACAUCAAGCCAUGGCCAUGGUUGGAAUAUAUCUUAAUACUUACAACUCGGUCUUACCGCUCUUUCAUGCUGACACGCUGUUGCGUCUAGUCGGUGAAUGCUAUGCCCGUCAACCCCGACAACGCGACCCAGUAGUAUGGGCUGCCAUCAACGUCGUUUUUGCCUUGGCUUGCCAACAGGUUCCAGAAAACCCCAGGAAUGGCCGGUCGCAGCACCAGACCGAUCAGACAACGGAGUAUCUCAACAAGGUACAAUCUAUCAUCUCGACUGUGAUGCUUGGUGAGACCCAUCUCCUUAACAUACAGGUACUGGUGGGCAUGGUGAUGUUGCUCCAAACUGCACACGACCUGACCCCUUCUUUGCUCCUAAUAUCGGCAACCAUGCGUCUGGCACAUAAGUUAGGCCUGCACAGCCAUGCAGCAUCAACACAUCUGGAUCCUGUGGAAAGGAGACAGCGUGCCCGCGUCAUUUGGAUUGCAUACAUUCUCGACAAAGAUCUAAGCCUCCGUACCCAACAACCUUCGGUUCAACUCGAUGACGAUAUGGACGUGGAGUUACCAUCUUCCUUGCCGACAACGAACGACGAUAAUGACAACACUGCUGGUAUCGUCGUUACGGCGGACGGAAAUGCCAGGAUGAAUUACUUUCUGGCUCGCGUCAAGCUGGCCAAGAUUGAGGGUCGUGUAUAUGACUCUCUCUACUCCACACGAGCAGUCAACCGAAGCUUCGAAGAACGACGCAACGCAAGGGAGAGCGUUGUUAGCGCGCUCGACGAAUGGCGAGCUUCCAUACCACUCGAAUUUAGCGCCAGUAUUGUCACAUCGAGCACUAGCAAUAAACCCGCAAAUGCCGGGCUCACGCUUGGGAUCGACAAUGGGUGA